ACCCGUUUUAUUACUCAUAAUCGUACUAUACUUUCAUUGUGUAAUUGUACUUUCAUUUGUUUAUUACUCUAAAUCAUGCAUGUUAACAAUUGAUACUUUUUGUACUCGCUCGAUUUUUGAAUUUUGAUUGCUGCAAUAAUACACUGUCGUAUUCCUUCGCAAGUGCCUUUUUAAUUACGUUGUGGAUGUCGAGUAAUCACAACGUUAGGACACAAAUAUAAACGCGAAGAAGUACUAAGAUAUACGUGCAUUCUAGUUCAGUCAAAAUAGAGCAGCAACAAAUUGGUGAGCCCUACGAUAACUUGCUGACUCCGACGACGACGACUUUUGACCUCGACGCGUUGUUACACUUGUUGGAUUAAUAAAACUUUAACCUUCGUGGAUCUAUAUAUUUAUUACAUAUUCCGAACUCAUUCUUGUGUUUGCUCAUCGCACAACCUGCAGUAAUUUGUGGUAAGCACCUGCAUUGCAUUUUUCUGUUUUGCCAUAUUCUUAUUGUGCAAAAAUUUUGCUAUUUUGUUACUCUUAAACCAAUUUUUUACGAAUUGUAACAUGUCUUCCAAUACCUCUGAUAACUUAGAGCUGGGAUCUGUUAGUGCUAUCUCUCUUACUGUACCAGUUUUUAAGCCCAGAGACCCUCAUCUUUGGUUUGCUCGACUGGAACAUUAUUUGGCUAGCAAUAAGCUCACAUCACAGACAGCUAAAUUUGGCAUUUUGAGUACAGUGCUACCAGACGAAGUCGCCGAGCAGGUACGACAAUACAUCGUUCAUCCCAGCACAGAAGCGCCUUAUGACAAGUUGAAGGAAGAGGUACUGCGAUGCACUUCGCUUUCAGAUAGGCAAGCACUCGAUCGCCUGUUAAGCAAUGUUGAGUUAGGUGAUAAAACCCCAUCUCAACUCAUGAGGCAUAUGCAAAGCCUAGUUGCAGGAAGAGAAAUCGAUAAACGUCUCUUUUAUCAAAUCUGGCUGCGACGACUUCCGCAAAACAUCCAGCAGGUUCUUGCCUUCGGAGACGACGACAUUGACAUAGAAAGGCUCACUGAAAUCGCAGAUCGCAUGUACGAGAGGUCAACACCUCAAUCUGUCGCUUCCACUAGCAGAAUACCAGAUAAAGUUAUCACGAUAGACCCACUGAAUAAAGCAGAAGCCAUCAGAGUCGACAAAACGUCAAACGAGCGCAUAGAAGCCUUAGAACGUAAAAUCGACGUGCUCACUGAGCAAUUAAUGGCAAUGAGGGUUAAUAGACAACCUACCACAACGUACAGAAGACAACGUAGCCACUCACGCAAUAGGCGUAAAUAUAGCUUACAACAGAAUAUAUGCUGGUAUCAUCGGAAAUUUGGGGUACACGCAAAACGGUGCACACAACCUUGUGCUUUCCAACAAACGGUGGCGUUGGGAAACGAAAAGGCCGGCGGUCGGUGACGACUGCGGUCGCUGGCCAACACACGUCCCACAGCCGUCUAUUCAGG